CAGUCCAGUUUUAGGCUUUUUUGUGAUAAAAUUACGUAGCGAACUAAGGAAAUAUUUCUCUCCGCUGCUAUGCCACCUAUAAAGUAUGAAAUAAAAAUUGUGAAACAUGUGCCAAGUGAUACGCCGGGAUCGUCGAUCGGGAAAGAGUAUCGAAGGAUCAAGGCGCACGCCAAGCGGCCGAAUCCGCUGUUCGAAGCGUGGCUGGAGGAGAUGAUCGGGCGUGCCGAGGAAAAGAACUCGCUCGGAAAAAUCGCACUCCAGAAGGCCCUUACCUCGUUACGCCGGUAUCCGUUACCGCUAGCAUCCGGCAGGGACUGUAUAGUGUUGGCCGAUUUCGGGAAAACCAUCUGCGAGAAUCUCGAACGACGAUUGAAAAGCUAUCUAGCUGGCGGAGGUCGUGUGGAAACCGAUCAUCGAUCUUCCAUCGAAGCGAUACUCAACGAUGAAACGGGAGAACACUACCAAGAGCUCACGAACGCAUUCUACACGGAGUCAAAGGAUGAUGCCGCGGAUAACGCCGAUGAUGUCGCCGUGAUCGAUGACGCUAUGAUGCCCAACGAUUCCAUCUUCGAUCACAUUCCGAUCACCCUCGAGGAUGACUUGGUUCGAGUGACAAACCCUCGGCCAAUCCUUUUGGUGGACACGUGCGAAACGAUCGGUAAAUCGAAAAGCAGUCUCGAUAAAACGCUGCAAGAGCUAGCCCAGUACGCGGUGGAGCACGAUGUGCGCCGGUUAAGCGUCGGUGACUUUGCUUGGAUCGUUAAAGAUGACGGCGGCCGAGAGUUCCUACUGCCGUACGUUAUCGAACGUAAGCGACUGGAUGAUUUGGCCAGCAGUAUCAAGGAUGGUCGAUUCCAUGAGCAAAAGUUUCGCCUCAAGCAGUGUGGGCUACUGAACGUGAUCUAUUUGAUCGAGCAUUUGGGCAACAAUCGGCAGGUCGGUGUACCGGAAGGUUCACUCACGCAGGCUGCCCUUAAUACGUACGUGCAGGAUUUCACCGUAAAGUACACGGAAAAUCACCACCACACCGUGAUGUACCUCUCCGUUAUGACCAAUUUGUUGAGCAGCAAGCUAAAGAAUAAAGUUUUUCGCAACAUCACAAACCGAUCAGCGGGUGGUGAACCGAACAGCAGAACGGCCCCUUUUAACAUCUCAGAUCAAACGGUGCCCCUGCUGUCAUUCGAGUAUUUCUACAAACAAUCUUCGAAGACACGCGAUUGUUCGGUGCGAGAUGUGUUCAUAAAACAGUUGCUGCAGAUUAAGCUACUAACGAUCGAGAAGGUAAAUGCGAUCGUAGAACGUUACCCCACACCGCAAUGCUUACGACGAGCGUACGAUCGAUGCCCCAGCGAAACGGAACGACAGCGCAUGCUGAACUUACCAUACGGCCCUACCAAGCGUACCAUUGGCGAUAAGCUAAGCACCAUCAUCUAUCAGCUGUUUGCUAGCGAUCGCUAUGCACCCUAAAGCAUCAUCCGAGUUGUGGUCGCUGUACAGCAUCAUCACCUUCUAGCCGGUUCCAAAAUGAUAAGGAGCCCCGGUGGUAGGUCGAUCGGAUAGCAGCACGAGCGUUAUUUACAUUUUGCAACCUCCUGGCAACCACUGCCGGUAUCGCUACGACGAUGGCAGGAUGUUAGGGAAGGAGCGAACCAUAAAUGAUGAUUGGUUGAUGGU